AUGGCGUCAACACUGCUGCAGCCACCGAGGCCACUAGACAUGUCUGAGGACACGUUUUACAACUGGACCGCAUGGAAACUCUCUGAUCGGCAACUGCAGGAAAUCCGGGAAGAGGUACUCAAGGAUGCAACAAUGACCGAACUGUGCAGCUAUUCAAGCACAGAAUGGCCUGAGAGCAAGCUUCAGGUGUCUGAGACCGCACGAGCGUAUUGGAACUACCGCGACGAACUUCACGUCGAAGAUGGCCUUCUCCUAAGAAGCAACAAGUUGGUCAUUCCGCCAACAAAAAGGCAAGAAGUACUUCGUUUGCUUCACGCGGCACACGGGGGUGAAGAAAAGAUGAAGAUCAAGCAGAUGCAUCGAACUACGGCAGAAGCAGCGACAAACGUGUGCAUGCAAAUCUUCUCCACGCACGGCAUACCAGCAAAGAUAUGCAGCGAUAACGGCCCCCCGUUCAAUAGCACGUGCUUCCGUGUUUUUUCAACGCAGCUGGGCAUCAUCCACGUGACUUCCAGUCCGCAUUACCCUCGCGGUAACGGCAUGGCUGAAAGGGCCGUCCAGGAAGCAAAGAAACUACUGAAGUGCAGGUUUGGAACACUGGAGUUUUACAGCGGCCUGCUUGAAUGGAGAAACAUGCCAAGGGAUGACCGCCUAAAGUCACCCGUCCAACGGCUCAUGGGUCGACAGACGAGGACCAAGCUGCCCGUACUAGACUGUCACCUAGAACCCCAAACCGUGCCGACCGUAGUUGUCCGAAAGCGCCUCGACGAAAUACGGCGAAAACAACGCGUCUUCUACAACAGAUCAACCCGGAAUCUACCGGAAGUGCACAGUGGGUCUACAGUAUCUGUUUAUGAUACAAUAAACAAGACCUGGGCACCAGCAGUCGUCAUGGGCCCGGCAAGUACACCACGCUCUUAUAUUGUUGCGACUGAGAACGGCCAGCAUCUACGACGCACGAGGGAACACCUCAGGUCCACAAACGGGCAGGUUCUCUCGCAGCAGCCAGAAAGCGCGACAGCGUCCGCGCAAUCCAGUCCGCAGCCGUGCACCACCGAGCAGCAAGCACCUCAAGAAGCGCUGCGUAGAAGCGCAAGACAGCGAAGAGCGCCACAACGCUAUCCUCUCCCAGAGUGCCCAACGCAAACUGUUCAGCGGAUGUAGUGAAAAUUGAACUUUGAGUGGUUUUUUCAAUGUGCCUUCGUUUAGACAUUUUGUGUUCUGUUUCUUUUUUCGUUUCUUUUUCUUUUUCCCAAGGGAAGGAAGAUGUGACCAGGCGCAACGUCAUCAAGCAUUGCAGUGACCACGCAUGCGCAAGCCUGAUCUGCCUAUGUACAAAUACACCGGCAUCACGCAAUAAAGCGUUCUUUCGUUUCCUG